AUGGCCUCAUCAAAGACGCCUGCAAGCUGGUAUGCAAACAGUGCGGGAUAUGAAACAAAGGCGAUUAAUUUGUUAAUGCAAAUGCAUUCUGUGAGGCAUGAAGCGCGUGUUGAUGAGUAUUCGCUUACUAGAAUGUGUAACGUGACAACAAAGUUGGGGAAUUCGUGGUACGGGAAGCAACUCCAUUCAUUUAUGGUGAAAAUUGGGAAUGAUAUAAGCGGGUUCGCAGUAAGUGCGUUAGUCGAUCUGUAUUCGAAAAGCGGGUGCUUUGAUGAAGCUUAUAACGCGUUUAACGGCUGCAGUUACGGGUCUGUUGAUGUGGUUUCGAAAAACGCAGUCGUUGCUGCGUGUUGCAGAGAAGGAAAAGUAGAUAUGGCGAUGGAGAUUUUUUCGAAUCAGACCGAGUUAAACGAUGUGGUUUCUUGGAAUACGAUGAUCGCGGGUUAUGCAAACGGGCAUGAUAAAAACGCCAUUGAAUUAGCUCGUGGUAUGGAGCGAAACGGGUUUAGAUGGAAUGCGCACACGUUCACUAGCGUGUUAAACGCAUCUCCGUCACACUCGUCUCCGGCAACUUUUCUUCUCCAACUGUCACUAACUCUUCGUCUCCGGCAACUCUUCUUCUCCUACUGUCACCAACUCUUCGUCUCCGGCAACUCUUCUUUCCGGCAACUCUUCUUUCCGGCAACUCUUCUGAAAGAUAGAGUUGCGUAUGAUUCACGGCAUCCUCCUAUUCAUUAUGUUGCAGCUAGUGAGGAUUUGCAUAUUAAUCUGUUUUUACUGUUUUUGUUUGAUUUUGGUGAAUUUUAA